AUGAACGUGUCUUGCCACAGAAGCUACAUCAUCGCUGCUCCUCGCCUGGCGCGGCCCUUGACCGUGUACCGUGUGGUGGUAGGCGUGCUGACAGGCACGGCUCCCGUGACGGUCACGGCUAACCUGGCCUCCCCCGGGGUCAACCUCGACCCCGCCCGGGCCGUCAUCCCUCCAGGGGACACCCAGGACCUCCUCAUCCAGGUACCUCAUUCUAACGGUGUGCGGAGGUACACACUCCUGGUGGAGGGCCACUGUGGCAGCAGGCUGGUGUUCCGUAACUCCACACAGGUGCAAGCCUCACCCACCUUCCUCACCAUCCUCCUCCACCUCUCCAGACCUUGCUUCACUGGCAACCAGGAGGUGGGCGUGCGCAUGGUUCUGCUUACCACGGAUCUCAAGCCCUAUGAUGAGCCCAUCGAUAUCUUUAUUCUGGACCCCCAGAGCAAUGUCGUCAAGCGCUGGGUGUCAAGAUCACCGCAUGUGGGAGUGGUGACCGUGGCGUACACUCUGCCGGACUUGCCGCUGGCCGGGUGGUGGAAAGUCAGAGUCAACGCUCAAGGCCAAGUUGAGGAGAAGAUAUUCUUAGUCCACAAGGUCUAUGAGCCAUUCUAUGAGCUGCAGAUUGAGAUGCCAUUCUACACAAUGUCAGACGAGGAGGAGAUUACAGGCCUACUGACGGGUAGCUUUGCCACCGACAAACCAAUUUCUGGCAAUGCCACCCUCACCCUUUAUGUUAAGCAGCCGUGGAUGCUUCCCGACUCGGAGUUCAAGCUGGUCUCUUCUAUCUUCUAUGAUUAUGUAUAUGCAGAACUGGAGUUUGCGUUCCCGAUGGAGUCAUUGCUGGGUCAUGUGGAGGAGCUGGAGGGUGCUGAAGUGAAGGUGGAGAGCGUUUUCUAUGACACUUUCACUUGGAUCAAGGCAGAGGCACACUCUAGGACCCGGAUCAUCGGCAACACCAUAGAUGUGAAGGUGGUGGGCACAUCUCCCUUCAUAUUUCGUCCUGGUAUGCCCUUCAGCUUUGUGGUGUGUGUGAGGUACAGCGAUGGCGUGCCAGUGGAGGAGGAGCGCCUGGCUGAGUCCUCAUUGGUCAUCUCUGUCACCGUCACGUCCAUCACUGGUGGCACCUCCAGCCUUCCUCAGAUGGUCAUCAUGCCACUGUCGUCAGAUGAAAAGCUGCAAGAGGAGACACUAGAGCUGCUGCAGGUGGGGCAGAGGGCGGGAGAGCUGGCAUACCAGGUUGGUCUAGAGGACCACCAGCCACUGAACGCUGAGUACAUGAAUGAAGUAGUUGUCGCGGAGAGGGAGCUGGAGGACCUGAUGGAUGACUAUACCAGAGAACAGUCCUUGUCAGAGUACCGGACGACUGGUAUCUACAGGUUUGAGCUGGACAUCCCAGAUGAUGCAGCAUCACUGCGUGUGGACGUUACCUACAGUGACGAGCACAGUCACGCCUCUACAGCUGCCUAUGCUUACGCCCACCACCACCCUCACCGGAGGUAUAUCCAAGUUACCAGCAGCACAGAUGAGGCCAGCGUGGGGGAGUUUGCUGUCUUCCACAUUCGCAGCAAUUUUCCUAUUGAACAGUUUGUGUACACGAUUAUCUCCAAAGGUGUGAUGGUUUACUCAUCACGUGAGGUGACUCAUGGUGAUAACGUGGUGACCACCAGCAUCACUGUGGCCUCCUCCAUGGCCCCGAGGUUCACCAUCCUCGUCUAUGUCACCACAGAUGACGGAGAGAUCCUUGCUGACUCUCUCACCCUCCCAGUCAAGAUGUUUGAUAGCAUGGAGGUGCGGUUGUCUAUGAACCAGCACAAGGACCACUCCAAGAAGACAGUGGAGGUGGUGGUGGGUGCUCCUCCCGGGUCCCUGUAUGUUCUCUUCUGCCAGCGUGGCCUCAACUAUCAGAGGCAGCACCCUAAUGCCCUCACACACUCCCGCAUCAUUCACACCAUGGCUAACAUGGAGCCAUUACACAGAACUAACCACGCGGUGCUGCAUCGCUCACGGGAAGGUGAGUUAGCUGACCGUCUGGUGUCCCUGCCGGCCCACAGCUACGCCAGAGACGUCCUCGCCACCUUCCAGGACGCUGCCCUCAUACUCCUCACUGACGCCACCGUCGCCCUCGCUCCUGGCACAGAAAGGAGAUGUGAUAUCAGAAAGGGUCACCUGGAGUGUGGAGAUGGGACCUGCUUCCUUCAUGACCAUCUUUGUGACGGCAAGAACCACUGUACCAAUGCCUUCGAUGAACUAGGAUGUGAGAGGCUGUACGAGGACUUCCCAGCCCAGCAUGAGGACCAAGAGGAUCCACUCAUGCUCAGUUCAGACUCACUCUUCCGGCUCUUCAGAACACAGUUUAUUAUGGACAUCUUUGAUGAAGAUGACGUUGAGUGGUGCAACUCUGAGAUCUGGAUUGAUCACCGCGGGCAGGAGGAGCUGCAGCGAGAGAUACCCAAGACGGGGGAAGAGUGGGUCAUAGAAGGAUACGCUCUUCAUCCCGACCACAGCCUUUCCUUCACCAACCAGCCGAUUGUUUUCGUUGGUGACCCGCCCUUCUACAUAGCAGUUGAAGGCCCGGCUGUGUGUCGCAGGGGAGAACAGAUCUCCCUACGAGUGCUCGUGUACAACAUGCUGAGCAAGGCCAUCCAGGCGGUGGUGUUGCUCCACGACAGUGACGACUACAGCUUCGUCAACGUUGAGAGAUAUGGUGAUGUCCAGCACUUUCACCCGAGGCUGUCACGGGGCCAACACCAGCAUCUCCUCUUCAUCCCCGCUGAAGGGUACGCAGAAGUGAUGCUGCCGCUGGCGGUAAUGCGACAGUCAGGGACGAUGGAGGUGACAGUGGAAGCCUUGUCACAGAUUCGCAGAGAAACUGAAACGUGGGAAAUAGAAGUUAAGCCUGAAGGCGUGCCGGUGAAGAAGCACACGUCCCUGCUGCUGGACCUGAGGAACCGUGCUCUUGUUUACGAGUUCUUGGAUGUUCCUAUUGACGAGAGCCCCAUCAUCCCUCUCAGCCUUCAGAGACGCUACCUGUAUGGCUCCCCGGCCGCCAGGAUCACUGUAGCAGGAGACGUAUUUGGGCCAACACUUGAGGGAAUCUCGGUGGAUCACAGUGCGGUGUUUGGUGGCAGACACCUGCGGAGCACAGACGGUGUUGCCUUUAACUUUGGGGCGACCCUCUGGACCCUUCACUACCUCAGACUGACAAAUCAGCUGGAAGUGUCAGAAGCCAGGGAUGCAUUUGACUACCUCACCAUGCAGCUGGGAGGACUACUGUGGCGGUGUUAUGACGGAGGCUUCAGCAUGUGGGCCUUCACUCCCCCUAGUGUGUGGCUUACAGCCAAAGUUAUCAACAUCCUCCUGGCGGCACAGCAUGAAGACUGGGAAAAUCUGCUUUACAUUGAUCCACAUAUCAUUCAUAAGUCUGUGGUAUUCCUGCUGAAGUAUCAGAAUCCUGAUGGAAGCUUCAGAGAGGAGGGAGAGGUCACCCUGGACAGCAAGAUGAAGACUGGCAAGGAGACGUGUGUGGCCCUGACAGCCCUGGUGACAAUUACCAUGCACAACAGCCUCAGAACUCUUCAAGGGACUACACGUACAAGUGCUGUUGAAGCUCGGGCUCGUGCUGUUGGGUUCCUUGAAUUUCAUCUAGUGUACCUUGAGGACUCCUAUCAUAUUGCCAUAAGUGCCUAUGCCCUCACAUUGGUUGGGAGUCCAUUAGCUGAAGCAGCGGCAGCCAUGCUCAAUAAGAAAAAGUUGUAUACAGGUGACAUGACGUACUGGGCUCGCUCUCCCAUAACAACUCACCUGAGGCGCCAGGAGAACAACCAGAGAGCCUUCCUCCUGCCCCGAGAGCCAGAGCUGUGGGACUCCCAUGCAGUCGAGACAACAAGCUAUGCCCUCCUCGUCUUCUUGGUCAGGGAAGGUGUAACAACCAUCACAUCAGAGAAGAUUAUGAGGUGGCUCAAUGCUGUCAGGGACUGGGACUGUGCUUUCAUAUCCACAGUGGAUACACUUGUAGCCAUGCAAGCUUUAGCAGAGUACGCAUUCCGUGCUCGACUACGAGACGUGACAGACAUGGAGUGCACUCUAGACGUCACGGUCCAACCUGCUGAGCAUUACUACGUGUCUAUCAGUAACACCUCUACAUCAACCCUUCACAGCUUUGAGUUGGAGAAUGUGUGGGGUCAUGUGAACGUGGUGGCCCGGGGAGCAGGUCAAGCCGUAGCUCAGCUGGAGAUAACUUGGGGUGUGGAUGGACUCAACUUCAUCGAACAACCGCACAAAAAAUAUUUUGAGCUUAGUGUCUGGGAAAAAUAUCAUCAAUUUAGAAACAAGUCGCUUGUUACCACAACUGUGUGUGCAAGGUGGGUGGCAACAGAGGAUGGAGCGACAAGCAGUGCAGCCUUGGUGGAGGUGGAAGUGCCCACUGGCUAUAUGUUUUUCCAGCCACUAGCCGAGGAUGUUGUCACAGAGGUCCAGCACAGUGGCAGCUUCCCGCAGCUGCGUAAUGUUCAUGCCACCGAUACACACAUUUUCUGGCAAUUCGAAUUUAUUCCAUCAGAGAAGAAGCAGUGUUUUAGCUACAACAUCCAGCGGUGGUAUCCGGCCGCCAACCUCACAACCAUACGCUCUGCUACAAUAUUAGAACUCUUUGCUCCAGAACACUUUGAAAUGAUAAUGAUUAAUGCAACACCACUGGCACUGCUUGAUAUAUGCGAAGUAUGCGGGUCUUACCAGUGCCCGUAUUGUCCCAUCUACAGUGCUGCUUUCCAAGCCAAGCCAGCUGGCUGCAUUCUGGGUCUAUGGCUUCUGGUAGUGUCCUGGGUCUAUGGCUUCUGGUAGUGUCCUGGGUCUAUGGCUUCUGGUAGUGUCCCGGGUCUAUGGCUUCUGGUAGUGUCCCGGGUCUCUGGCUUCUGGUAGUGUCCCGGGUCUCUGGCUUCUGGUAGUGUCCCGGGUCUAUGGCUUCUGGUAGUGUCCCGGGUCUCUGGCUUCUGGUAGUGUCCCGGGUCUCUGGCUUCUGGUAGUGUCCCGGGUCUAUGGCUUCUGGUAGUGUCCCGGGUCUAUGGCUUCUGGUAGUGUCCCGGGUCUCUGGCUUCUGGUAGUGUCCCGGGUCUAUGGCUUCUGGUAGUGUCCCGGGUCUAUGGCUUCUGGUAGUGUCCCGGGUCUAUGGCUUCUGGUAGUGUCCCGGGUCUAUGGCUUCUGGUAGUGUCCCGGGUCUCUGGCUUCUGGUAGUGUCCCGGGUCUCUGGCUUCUGGUAGUGUCCCGGGUCUAUGGCUUCUGGUAGUGUCCCGGGUCUAUGGCUUCUGGUAGUGUCCCGGGUCUAUGGCUUCUGGUAGUGUCCCGGGUCUAUGGCUUCUGGUAGUGUCCCGGGUCUAUGGCUUCUGGUAGUGUCCCGGGUCUAUGGCUUCUGGUAGUGUCCUGGGUCUAUGGCUUCUGGUAGUGUCCCGGGUCUCUGGCUCUGGUAGUGUCCCGGGUCUAUGGCUUCUGGUAGUGUCCCGGGUCUAUGGCUUCUGGUAGUGUC